AGUUACAGCUAGCAGAUCCCCAUGUGGCCGGGACAGUUUUAAACCCGAAGCUCUGUUUGUUCUCUCCUGAGUUCAGGUGCAUUAAGUUCGUGUUAGUGUUGUGCUGCAGAUGUUGAAUGCUGCUUUAACACACACAAGAGUCGUGCUGUUAUCCAGGCUAGCUGUGAGCUAGCCGUUCCGCAAAAGACUUAAUUGAGACGGACUGUGGCAGUCAGCUGAGCCAAAGAUGCCACCAGGGCCCAGAAAGGGUGUGCAGAGUGUCGAGGAUGGAUCGGAGGAUGAGGAAAGCCAGUGCUGUCCUAUUUGCCUGAAUGUCCCCAGGCCCUCAGAGUGUGCUCUGCCUGACUCUUGCAACCACGUCUACUGUCUCAACUGCCUCCUGCAAUGGGCUCAGUUGCUGCAGAUCUGCCCAGUGGACCGCAGACCAUUUAGUUCAGUCUACAAACGGGACUCUUUGCUGGGAUACAUCAAGAUUCCUGUGAAAACAUCCAGCAUAUUAAGCACUUGCAUAUCAACCAGCAAGAAUGAUAAAACAGUGGAAGGCGUUUCAAUUGAGGAGAAAACCCAAAUGGGAGGAAAGGAGAAGAAAAGAGUCAGUGUUCAACACAAAUGUAAAACAUGUGAUGUUGAGUCUUCUCCAUGGAAAAGAAAAAUGGUUGAAUGGGAGACUUGUCGCUCACAGUUGCUUACCCGGAACAGUCAGCACGGACUGUCAGGGCAGCAGGGGGAGACCCUCGGCAUGAUGACCCAAGUCAUUACAGAGACAGAGUUGAUGACUGAGGAGGAGGUGACUGAGGACUGGAGACUGUGUCGGAGAAAUAUGAUGUACUGCCACUCGCUCCCUGUUCCAAUACCCACUCCCAAUAUAUGUAUGCCAAGGCAGUGCCCCCGUGGUCAUGUUCUCGUCCAGAAACCAAUACUGUCUACCUCUCCAUGUCUACCGAACUCUGGAUUCCCUGUUCAAUUUGGAAAGGUCUGCGCAGUCACAUGUCCAAAAGGUGGAGGAAGAAAAGGUACAAGAGGAUCUGGAUUAAAGGGCUCCAGCACAAAAGCUGAGAAUGUCGCAACUACACGUUCAACCCGAAGCCGAAAGGGUAAAAGCGUAAAUGAGGAGACUGUAUCCAGCAGUCGGUCUCAACAGUCUGGCCCCAGUUCGAGCUCUGCUGCUGGCAGUGACUCAAAUGAUGUUCCAGCUUCCACAAGCAAGCAGAGAUUGACUGGCAAAAGAAAACCUACCGCCAAGAGGAAAGGAAGAACAAAAAAGACAGCUGCCCAACAGUCAGUAGUUGAAAGUCAGGAGGAAGACGAUAAGGAAGAGCAAGAAAAUGGGCAGAAUAGUCCGGAGGAACCUGACGCUGAUGGGAAAAAGCAGGAAGAUGAGCAGAUAUGUCAGGAGGAAUCAGAUGCCAGUGAUAAUGAACAAGAUGGGCCAAAGAGUCAGGAGGAGUCAGAUGCUGAUGGUAAUGAGCAAGAUGGGCCAAAGAGUCAGGAGGAAUCAGAUGCUGAGUUUGAGCUGCAGGAGGACUGUGAGAAGAGUCCGUUGGAAUUGGAUGCUGAUGUAAAUGAAGAUCAGAAAAAGAGUCAGGAGGAAUCAGAUGUUGAUGUAAAUGAACAAGAUGAUCAGAAAAGUCAGGAGGAAUCAGAUGUUGAUGACAAUGAACAAGAUGAUCUAAAGAUUCAAGAGGAAUCAGAUAUUGAUGUAAAAGACGGAGAUUCACAGGAGAGUGAUGAGCCAUCAGAUGCUGAUUUAAAUGAACAAAGCAGGCAGAGUUGUGCAGACGAAUCAGAUGAUAAUGAAAACGAACUAGAUAGACAGAAGAGCCAAAGGGAAGCAGAUGCAGAUAUGGAAGAUGUGCAGAAGCAACAAGAGCGACCAAAUUCAGAUGUGGAAGAGGAGAGUGAGUCGAGUCAGGAGGAAGCAGGUGAUAAGAACCAGGAAGAUAGUCUAGAGGAGUCCGAUACAAAUAUGGAGGAAUUGGGAACGGACGAGGAGCAACAAGCAAACCAGUCACCAUAUCAGAGGGAUGCAGGUGUAAAUGAUUCUGUUGAUCAUGAUAUAGAGGAUGAGAAAAUGCAUGAUGAAGAUCUUCAAGUUGAAGAUACAGAGAAUGCAGACAAGCAAAAAGACAAUCAGAUGUUACCAGUAGAUGAUUCUAAUGAGGAGAAAGAACCAUUAGUUGCUCUUGACAAGAAAAGUCAGCUUUCUAGUCCCUCUGCUGUGAUGUCAAUGGCAGAGGAAUCUAGCAAUUCCUCUAGCAGCGUGACUGGCAAACCUCAGGAUAGUUUACUUACCGCAAUGGAGGGCUCUUCACAGGAUGCUACAGAUCCUAAACCAGAGGUUGAGACUGUAUGUAAAAAUGAAACAGAUGGGGUUCAUACACAUACUGUUUUUGGUAGCCCCUCAGCCAAGUGUACUGCUGAGGACCGUUCACAAAUAGAACAAGACCCCUUAGCAACUUCAGAGGCAAAGCAAGAGGAAUCUCAGGAUAACACUGAAUCAAUACCUAUGGAUUGCGACUCCCCUGAACCAGAAAACACAUCACCUGCAGGAGACAUUGCCAUUCCUGCACCCCAGACGCUUCCUGUUGACCAAACACCUAGCAAGGGUGAAGAGGAAAAGAACGAGGUGCAGGAGCACAAAUCUGAGACCAAGUCUGAGGACCAAAAGGGUUCAGAAAAGACCGAUAAGCGCCCACGCAAGUCUCGUUUCCACUCGCCCACAACCACUUGGUCCCCUAAGAGUGAGUCCAGACGAGAAGGAUCAAGAAGGUCCCGGUCCAGGGAUCGAAGUCGCAACACCAGUUCACCACACAGAAGUCGAGGCCGCGAACACGAAGACGACAGAGGCAGUUCCAGACGCAAUCGCAGUAGAGAGAGGUAUAGCAGGAGGCGCUCUCGGAGUCGGUCUAGGAAUCGCUCCAGAUCGCGAUCGAGAUCCAGAAACAGAACGAAUCAUAGAGGCUCAUCUUCGGAACGCAGCGAUUCAAGGGCCCACUCACCAAGAAAAAGAGACUCUUGGGGAGGUGAUAAUUGGAGAGGCAGCUCCCGCAACUCCAACUGGAGGAGCAAUUCGGAUCGACCAAGUCAGUUUUCAGGUAGAGAGUCUAAUUCUUCCAGUAAUGGCAGCCACCAGCCUUCUGAGAAAUCGCCAGAUAGAAGCCAGUCAGAAAAUGCACACUAUGGGAAGGACAGGUCAUGGCUGAACAAUGAUAGUAGAGACCGAGAAAAGCACCAGGAAACAUUUGAUUCUCCUUCAGACUCCUGGCAUCGAGGAGGCAGGGGCAGGGGGUUUGACCAAGGACAUGCCUCUGGGCAUGGUCGGGGUGGUCAGAGAUUCUCUGGCCAGUAUGGAGAGUCGGCCGACAACUGGCGGCAGCAGCGUAAUUCUUUCUCAGGGAUGGCAAAUAACACUGGGGGUGACUCGUACAGUAAUUUUAAUGAAAACAGGCCUGGAGGAAAGAGAAAAGAGCUCGAGAGCUCUGAGCCACCACUGGACCGGUCAGGAUGGUCUGCUGCUUCUAGCUGGGCAGUGCGCCGAACCCUUCCUGCUGAUGUACAAAACUACUACUCGAGAAGAGGUAGAGGACCUGGGCCAGGUGGCAGCAUCUGGAACAAACAAGAUGAGGAACAACCUGCAGCUGGGGUCUCCAAACAAGCAGAUCCUCCACAAAGCGAGCCAAACACUCAUAUACCUAAUGAAGCAGUGCCAGCCCCUCCCACUGUACUGCCCCACCAGCUCAACAUGAUCGGAGUCCUACGCUAUCCACUGGGACCUGUUGGACCUCAAGGCCCUCCUCUGGCUAUCCACCCCCCACCAUUUACUAUGUCCACACAGAUACCUAUCCACUUGCCUCAUGCUGGUCCUCCUCCGAUGCCCCCCAUGACCAUGCAGGGGCUGCCCCCACCCCCUCCACCCCCUCCUCCUAUACAACAGGGCAGCUUCACUCUACUGCCCCCUGAAACAGUUCCUCAGGUGGUUACAAGCGUCUCUGUGCCGGGAAAAGGUCUGGUGAAAGCAUCACCAAACAAGACUGCACCACUACAGGCUCCUUCUUCUUUCAACACAGCCAGCAUAGCUCAGCCGUCUUCUACCACGCAGCCCAACUCUCACAGCAAAGCCCAUGCAGACAGCUCCAAGAAGGAAAAGAAGCUACAGAUUCAGGAAAAAGCCGUUGCUGAAGUGAAAGCAGCCAUCAAGCCAUAUUACCAAAAUAAAGACAUCACCAAGGAUGAGUACAAGGAGAUUGUACGCAAAGCUGUAGAAAAAGUCUGCCACAGCAAGAGCGGAGAGGUUAAUGCCAGUAAAGUGGCCAACCUUGUCAAAGCAUACGUUGACAAAUACAAGCACGCUCGCAAGAACAAAACGGACAAGAAAUAAGGGCGACCGCUGCGGCGUCCGCACAAGUGCAAUUUCUCCAAAAGGGCCUGCGUUAUACAGGCUGGAAUGACUGGAGCUUCUUUUCCUAUUUGCAGACAGUACUGAAGAUUUUUCUAUAGAUGGCAUAUUUUGUUGAAUUUGAAUUUCAUAGAGUGCAAAUGCCCUUUAAUUGCUUUAUCUGUUGAUUUUUGGGGGGAGGGGAGGGAACGGGGCCGUUGUAAACAUAAGCAGCUGUUUGUAGUCGACGGGUAGGGGUCAAUUGUAAGAAGUGUUUGAUCUGGUUGCUGACUUUUAUUUUCAACCUGUGAGGUAAAUGUAAUUGAUGAAUGGAAUGGACAGAGCGGUACUUCUGGAUUUUAAUCUUGCUGCCACAUGGACCUUAAUGAAGAAACCACGUUCUAGAUCGUCUGUUUUUGUUUUGUUUUUAAUUUACACAUUGUAAUAAUCUUACCAGACGUGCACUGACUGUUAUUGGCGUCAGUGUGGCUGGAUGGACGUGUGUGUGGAUCAUGAACAUUAAGGCCAGAGGCUGUACACGGCUUUUCAAUGAAAAAUAUGACUGGAGCUGUUGUGGAUGCAAGGUUUUUUUUCCUCCAUACUGCUGUCUGUGCUGCACAUCAAAUGUAUUUAUUUCCCUUCCAGAACAAUGAAAUAAACUCUGUUCUCCUUUGUACUUUUA